AUGGAGCAAAAGAUAAUAGUGAAGGUGGAAAUGCACUGUGACAAAUGCAGAACCAAGGCCUUGAAGAUUGCAGCAGCUGCAUACGGUGUGAGCAAAGUGUCAAUAGAAGGAACAGACAAAGAUCAUCUGGAGGUGAGAGGUGAUGGAGUUGACUCCGUUCGCUUGACUGGGUUGUUAAGGAAGAAGGUUGGCUUCGCCACCAUAGUCCAAAUUGAACAAGUGAAAGGAGGUAAUGCAGAUGAUGGUGAAAAACCAACUCAUACUAUUGAAUGGACGCCAUUAGCAAGCUAUUAUUGUACUCCGCAAUGCCCUCCAAUGUACUGUGAAGUGGUUCGUGAAUAUUCAGAACCAACUUGCUCUAUUAUGUAA